AGUAGUCACUGUGUGCUCUCCCGCGUCUGACCAUUGAUAACUUAAUUAUUAUUAAAUUUUUAUAAUCCGAUGAAAAGUCUCAUUGUGCUUUGGAAUAAAUGUUAAUUAAGAGGGAUUGAUAUGAGUGAACAAAAGAAGAGAAUCAGACACAGUCCUCGCCCCGAGAGGCCUUCAGACAGACGGACUCGACAGAGAUUACCAGACGGAUUUGGAAUGGUGGCUCGUGCUACGAAACCUCCAAUGACGUUGCUCGAUGAAAACGUUAAUCGCGUACCAGAGAGUAGACGGCCCCUUAAAGUCGAUCAUCCUGGAUUCAAAGAGAGAAUCGAAAGAUUAUCUUCGAUGGAUGGGUCCACUGAAAAAUCUGAACAGUUGGAGAAGUUAGUGGACGCUGGACGACCCAUCCAAGUAAUUCUAGCUCAUGCUGAUCAUACGUUCGAGCUGGACGAGGAAGCCCUCACUGAAAUUCUCCUCCAGGAUGACAUCAAAGACCGCAGUGUCGUGGUUGUCUCAGUGGCUGGUGCAUUCAGGAAAGGCAAGAGCUUUCUUCUGGAUUUUUUCCUGCGUUACAUGAACAGCAAGUAUCUCCACAAAAUCAAUGAUGACUCAUGGCUAGGCAAUGACGAGGAGCCUUUGAGUGGUUUCUCGUGGCGCGGUGGUUCUGAGAGAGACACAACAGGCAUUCUUAUGUGGUCCAAAGUAUUCCCAGGAACCCUUCAAAAUGGUGAAAAAGUUGCUGUCAUCCUGAUGGACACACAGGGUGCAUUCGAUAGUCAGUCAACCGUCAGAGAUUGCGCCACUGUAUUUGCUCUCAGUACAAUGUUGUCAUCAGUGCAAAUAUUCAAUCUGUCCCAGAACAUUCAGGAGGAUGAUUUACAGCAUCUCCAGUUGUUCACAGAAUAUGGUAGAUUGGCAUUGGAAAAAUCAGGGAGUACACCAUUUCAAAGGCUACAGUUCCUGGUUAGGGACUGGAGUUAUCCUUACGAGGCGAAUUAUGGAGCCGAUGGUGGUCAAAAGAUCCUGCAGAGACGCCUGGAGAUCUCUGAUCGACAGCAUCCAGAGCUCCAGAGCCUUAGGAAACACAUUAAAUCAUGCUUCUCUGAUAUCUCCUGCUUCUUGAUGCCCCAUCCAGGUCUCAAAAUCGCUACCAAUCCAAAAUUCGAUGGCAGACUAGCGGAAAUUGAAUCUGAUUUUAAACAACAGUUGAGGGUACUCAUUCCCACUCUGCUGGCACCUGAAAAUUUGGUCACCAAGAAAAUCAAUGGACAGACAGUGAAGGCUAGAGAACUUCUGGAAUACUUCAAGAGUUAUAUCAGAAUUUACAAAGGAGAUGAAUUACCAGAACCGAAGAGCAUGCUCGUCGCCACUGCCGAAGCGAAUAAUCUCUCAGCUGUUGCUGACGCUAAGGAUCUGUAUUUACAAAUGAUGGAGUGCGUUUGUGGUGGAACCAAACCAUUUUUGGCAACUGCACACUUGGAGUCGGAGCAUCAGAGAUGCGUGGAUAAGGCACUACAUCAGUUUGUUAAUAAGAGGAAAAUGGGAGGGGAUGAGUUCAGUCAGACGUACAUGGAAAAACUUAUGAAGGAUAUGGAUGAGGCUUUCCUGCAAUUCAAAGCACACAACGAGAGCAAAAACAUAUUCAAAGCAGCAAGAACACCAGCAGUGUUCUUUGCUAUCGCAGUUACAACGUAUAUACUUUCAGGUGUAUUUGGAUUGAUUGGACUUUACACACUCGCAAAUAUUUGUAAUCUCAUCAUGGGGAGUGGACUCCUCACGCUCGUCCUUUGGGCUUAUAUAAGGUACAGUGGCGAGUUUAGAGAAAUUGGCACGCAAAUCGAUGAUCUAGCCAGUGCUAUAUGGGAAAACGUCAUGAAACCAAUUUAUCAGCAGUUUGUCGAAAAAUCAGUAUCUGUAGCUGUUGCCCAGGCGGCGGAAAUGGCGACAAAUACGACAAUGAAUGCAACUGCUUUAAAUGGCAAGACGAAAGUAUCGUAAAUGGAAUAACUAAAGAAAUCUCCAUCCCUCAUUACAUUCGACUUUCAAUAUAUAUUCUUUUCAAAUUCAUUUAAUCUGAUUCAUACCUUUCGCAUGAUCUACGGGACACUGAACAAAAUUUUCUUGUUGAGGACGGAAAAAUGUAAGAAAAUUGUUGCGAUCUUUUUUAUAAAAAAAACAAAUGCUAAAAUAUGAACAAUAUAACCAAACCUCUUAUUGGAGAUAUUAUUGUGAAUUUAUGUACAGUAUUUCCUGAUUACGAAUCAGUGCGUUAGAUUUGUUGAACAAAAGAAAAAUUGAUGAAAAAAAACAUCAGAGAAUGGAAAUUAAUAUUUAUCUGAUCAUUAUCUAAGAUUGUUAUAGGAAUGAAAAUCUCAGAAAAAAUGAAGAUUUAUCGAGAUAAAAUUGGAAACAUUCUAAAAAUUAAAAGUACGAAAGACCAUGAAAUUUCUUCGGCAUUCGCUGGGAAAUGUUCUCUUAUCCCGGAAUUUUCAUGAAAACCUAAUCGAACGUUUUAUCGCGUUACUGUGUACAUAGGUAACUUUAAUGUUUAUGUUAACAAUGUGCCAGAUUUACAUUCAGGAAUUUUAAAGUUAUUUUUCAUUGAAGAGUCCCGUACAUUUAUUGAAACAAUUUUUUUACAUGCCAUGUUUAUAUUCUGUUGCAAGAUAAAAUUAAAUAUAACAAACCAUUGCUGAUUGUUCAUUCUGAUAGCCGAACAAUUGUUUUCGUUCGAAUAUAUUGAUUUAACAUUAGUUAUAUUGUUUACUUCUCUCUGUAACAGUGGUGAAGAAAUCUUGCCAAUUACUUAGGGAGUUCCUCGUCUAUUCAGUUGUAGACUCGAAGAUUAUUCUUUUCUGAUAGUAAAGUGUGGAGAAUAACGAAGACUAACUCCACUCUCUCAUUGAUCUUAGAGCGUACAUGUAGCAGAAAAUAGUGCAUCAUUUUUCUUUGAUUUUUUAAAUGCAGCAUCAAAACAGGGUGCCAUUCAACUGUUGGUUAUCUGGUUGUUUUUUUUUUUUUUCGUUGUUUAGAAUAUUUGUUUUCUAUUAAUGGAGGAAUAUAUUAUUCACCUCAUAAUGUCUCCCUUUCUGUUGAAAGGUUCAAAGAACUUUCAUGCAAUUACUUGAAGUUUUUUUUCGUAUUCGUGUUAUCAUUCGUUGAUGUGCCGAUGAAUUCGAUUAUAAAGGAAACGUCAGAAAGAAUGUACAAUGUGAUCUUAAAUAUAUGAUUUAUUAUGAUUUUAUCAAUGUGUUAAAGUUCAAGAUCUAUUCGUAACGAUAAUUCUUUCACGAUCAGCCUGAUCGGAUGAUCUAACAGCUCACUUUUAAUAUUUAAAGCUCAUUUUAUCGCAUACCGUUGCAUAGUAAAACUUAUUAAUAUGAGGGUACAGAUGUGUAGGGGUUUUUCACUGGAUUUAUUACCGAAUUCCGGUACUCUAGAUCCGUUAUUGAUCAUUUUUUAAAUAAUAGGUAAGCAUAGUAAUCUCCGUGUUGCAGAAAUGAAAAAUAAUUUCGAAACAAAAAGCAGAUAUGUAAAACGUUUUAAAUCUUAACUGUGGUGUAAGUUGCAAAUGGGUAGUCAAUAAAUCUGUAUUUUUAUAUUAAUGAA